UCGCGGCGGUGGGGUCCUGGGCCCGGGGGCCGCCUGGGAUGCGCCGGGCGCCGCCGGGGACCCGCCGCCCGCGGGCCGGGGAGCUCAGGUGCGGGGCCUGGGGCGUCGGUUCGUGGGCUGUGAGUCCGCUGGUCGGGCGCGCGGUCCGCGGGUUCGCCUCUGCUCCCCCCGCUUCAGCUUUCUAGGUGCGGCCUGCGCGCGGCGGCUUCUGCUAAAGCCUCGGUUUGGGGAUCCGGCAGAUGGGCGCGUCCGGAGCUACUUCGCGGCGCUUUGGCGAGGAGUAACUGAGACUAUGCGUGCCAGGCUGCUGGCGCGAGGGAGCCCUGGAGGCGGGGCCUUGCACACCUGCGGUCGCCCGGGACCGUGGCCAGCAUGAAGCCCCCGGAGGAGCUGGCCGCCGGCGGGAUGCAGGCCCUCCGCCCUCAGCGCCGAGGCCGGCUCAGGGCCAGGCCGUCCUAUGUGGAUGAGACGCUGUUUGGCAGGCCUGCGGGCACCCAGCUUCGCCCGCCAGAUUUUGACCCACCCUGGGUGGGGAAGGAGAAGGCCGGCCCAGCCGGAGGAGUGGGCGCGGCAGCCCAGGGGAGCUGUGAGACCACCGCGGCCAGGGGCGCUGCCUCCACCCUCACGCCCAGGAAGAAGAACAAAUACAGGCUGCUCAGCCACACCCCGUCUCACUGCGACGAGUCACUCUUUGGCCGGCGACGCGAAGGCAGCAGCUGGGAGGCCCCGUGGACGGCGAAGGGGAACACCGCGAAACUCCACGCGCUCCUCUGGACGCCGCCACCAACCCCCAGGGGCAGCCAGUCACCCCGCCCCAGGGAGACCCCGCUGCGAGCCGUCCACCCAGCUGCUGCUCCGGAGACCGAGCCCAGGGGGGCGGCAGACUCCAGGAGGCGGUCCCUGGGCGGCGAGGGCUCCCCACGCCCUCUAGGGCGGGCACGCUCCCAGUCCCUCACUCUCCUCAGCGUGUCCAGUCCUGGCCCCUCAACUGCCUGUGCCCCAACCACACGUGAGCCUCAGGACCCCAGACCGCCUCCGUCCGGGGUGACUUUCCGGAGCCCGCUGGUGACACCCAGGGCUCUCUCCGUCAGUGUUUCCCUGCCAGUGACCCCCCGACGAGGGGCAGAGACCCAGAAACCAAAGCCCCCUUGGAGAUGAGGGCCUCUCGUGGCUGGGGUCAUCCGGGUAGACCAGCAGCACAGCCUGGGUCACCUGCAGGCAUGGGAGAAGCCCCUGGGACCAACCAGGCGCACCUGCCCCCAGCUGUUUCACCCCCACGUGUACCAGGGGCCGUCCUUGGAGAGGCCUCUUUCCCGCUCUGUGCCAGCCUCACUCAAAACCAGUGCCAGCCCAGGGCCCCCGCCUCCUCUCCGUCCGCCAGGUGGUCCUGCUGCCCGGUGUGCACGGCCCGCCUGGGGUGCCCGUUCCCUGUCCGUCCCUCGAGCCGAGCUUCCCGCUGAGGAUUCCUUUCCAGCUGUCCGGUGGCCUCCGAGGGCUUCCCGGGCUGCGCGGGGACGAGUGCGGGAGCACCGGGGGGAUGCGUGGGUGAACACUUUCCGUUUUAGUAGUCAUGUAUUUAUGUUCAUGUAGUAAAUACAUCAGCGCAGCAAAGCCA